CAUUCUCUACAAGACCAAGCUGCCCUUCAUUGUUGCCAUGAACAAGACGGACAUCAUCGACCACAGCUUUGCGGUGGAGUGGAUGCAGGACUUUGAGGUUUUCCAGGACGCUCUGAACCAGGAAACCUCGUACGUCAGCAACCUGACGCGCUCCAUGAGUCUGGUGCUGGACGAGUUCUACACCAACCUGAGGGUGGUGGGUGUGUCCGCGGUGACGGGCAGCGGAUUGGACGAGCUGUUCGUCCAGGUGGAGGACGCCGCCGACGAGUACGAGAGGGACUAUCGACCAGAAUAUGAAAGACUCCACAAACAGCUGGCGGCGGCUCAGAGCAGGAAGGAGCAGGAGCAGCUGGAGAGACUCAGGAAGGACCUGGGAGCCGUCGACAUGACGACCACAUCUUCAGCAGGGGCUGCUGACUUCGCCGGGCCCAGUGACCUCAUCAUGGGACGCGGUAACCCUGACGACAGCGAGGAGGACGAAGACAGCGACACGGACGACAUCGACCACGGCGCAGCGGAGGAGAGCAAAGAGACCGACGCCUUUGGAAACUUCCUGAAGGAGAGGAAGGAAGUGGUUCAGGUCCGGAACAGAAAGGGCGCGACCCCCGACCCCUGACCUCUGAACCUCUGCAGCCUGACGUCUACCUCCACCGCGGAGGAAAGACCAAAUGAAGGUGAGGGGGGGAGGUUUCCCCUCUGUCGGGCUCAGGCUAUCACCUGGAAGAGACACUGCUUCCUCAAAUGAGACUACACCUGAACUUCCUGUCUGACCCUGAAGCUGAUUGGCUGCUCCUCCACCCUCAAAGAAAAGUUAUAUUUUUACAUCAGAAAAAGAACUCUUCUAACCUGUUUAACCUGUGUGGAUUUCUACUCUGUCUACUUUUGUUGGUUAAAAUGACUGAAACGAUUUAUGAUUUUCAAAAUAAAAGUGAGCUUUUAGUUCAAAUUGGUCCAAA